AUGACUUUCAUAAUUUUCAGGAGCUAUAUUCAGCAAAUUAGCACAUCGGUACAUACCUGUUACCACAUGAAGUUGAGAAAUGAGCGUAGCACUGCAUUUGUACGAAACAUGCCUCCAUGGAAGACUAGCUGGUUGAUUGUGACUGCCCUGCCACAAGUGUCCUCGAACGGUAUUGUGUCUGCAUUUAUUUUUGGCAUCACACCAAUCUGUAAUCGUCAGACAUUGAACAGUAAAAGGAACUAAUUUUUAAAAUUCUCGUCAUUAAUGUGUUUCGCUUAGGAGCAUUUAUAAUUAUUGUUUAUAAAACAUCCGUUCAACCCGUGUUGACGAUGGUAAGGGUGUAUUUGAAUAAAUACACAGUUUUCUAAUUCCGCAGGAUAGUCAUUCAACAUAGUUAGUCAUGUUUUGAAUCCUCUAUACAUCUGAGAUAAUCGAGUUUCACCAUGUCUACUUUCGCCAUUCCGAUACCACCAGCCCCAGACCCAGACUCUCUAGGUUCAGCUUGGUUAGCUAUGUUACAUUGUUGUCUGCAACAUCGACAUCGAAAAAAUUGGCCGUAUGUAAAAUGUCUUCUUUUUGAAUUAUACGUUCAGAUGCUUUCAAGAAAUUGGCGCCUUUAUCGUUUAUUAGUUACCAAUUUUUAUAAACAGUUGGAGAAAUACGUGACCAC